AUGAAGGGUCUUUCACGAUUGCUCAUUAUCGGGGCAUGGGCCCCGAAUCUUGUCUUUUCUGCGAUCGUGAAUGGCAGGCUCAGCAUUACAGAAGGAAAUGCAUCAGCCAUCGUCCCUUCGGUCGCUGCAGAUGAUAGUGUCAGCACCGUAGAGAGAACUGGAGAAUGGAAACCUAAUGAACUGGUGUUAAUAGCUAAUAAUGGAAGCUUCAAAAUGAUUAAAGAUAAUAUGAACAAGAUCCCCGAUUGGGUCCAGAAAUACAAAGAUUGGGAAGCUUUGGCACUGCAGGACACUGCUAGUGCGAAGAGUCUCUCGGCUCGGUACGGAGAGGAAAAGCUCGGCAUGCCUCACUGGUUUUGUGAUCCCGACAAUGGUUGCUCUUCAUUGCCAAGUCCUCUGAAGAUCUUGCAAUUUGUGGAUGCCACGGAACCGGAAAUGCCUCGGGACAAGAGGCUCGAAGAAGCUCAGGGAAGAUACUGGGCCGCUAUGAGCUACUACAUGACCUUCCGCACUGCAUCUCACACACUAAACGCGCUCAAACGCGCCCAGGAUUUUGUGCUGCCAAGAAUCGACACUAUCAUCGUAGACUUUACCAAGCAAGGCAACAGCAAAGCAAUUCUCCAAUGCAAGAUCAAAACCUUUUUUAUCGAUAUGACAUAUCAAUUCACGGAAAAAUUCCUCAUGUUGAGUUUGACAAAAGCGACCGGCUUUGAAGGUAAAUGGGGGAAUGUUGCCACUAAGUUCGAAAAGGCUGAGCCGUUUUACAUUCUCAGUAUGGUCAGACAGAUUAUAGAUUUUACAUUACCAAUGGAGCAUGACUACAAGUAUAAAAAGUUUGGAGCAGGCAAUGACGGAGAUGAUUCUCUCGAAUUCUUGCGCCUCACAAGUAUGACAUAUACGAGUGACCUUUACUGUGGCCACAUAGAUGGUCAGGCUGCUGAUGGAAGCGAUACUAUGACUCGUAUCAGCGACUCCAAAUAUCACAUAAGUGAAAUCAUGAAGCAAUAUAUCAAAGACAUUAGUGGCGUCUUCAGAGCGCUCAAUGGACAUGGGGAAGUAGAUUUGGAUCUGAAGAUGAGCGAUUGGAUGUUGAACGCCAAUUAUGAUGAGAUGGUUCACCGACUCGACCGUGUUGACAUCUCCGCGGAAGCUCAAAAGUUUAGCCAAACGAUCUCAGGUUAUUUAAUUUCUGCUGGUUGGGCUAGCAACAAAUGUUACAUGAAGUGCCAACCCAAAAUGUUUCGAGACACUGUUCAGACAAGAUGCUUCGAUGCGAAAUUUGCCGCAGAUAGAUUCUGUCCUGAAGAUGCGCCUGAUACAUUGUGUCAAGUCAACUGUUACACGAUGCUGGACUCUGGAAAUCAUGAAAAGAAACUCAUCGGCAUCGAAAAGCUCCCCAAGCACGGGUUCGAUAUAGAAAAUAUCAAGAGAGACUCUUGGGAAAACUACAAAGAACUGAAAAGGCUCAGAAAACCCCAGAUGGAUUACGUCAAUGGCAAAGAAUUUACAUUCGGCGCAGAAAACAGAUCAGCCCUCAUUCUUUCUGUAUCUUUGUCCCGCACCAACAUAAUCUCCGAUAAGCCGACAAAGUCUUUGAACUUCCCAUGUUUCAGUGGCCAGGACUAUAGAGGUCUCGAUACUGAACAACACUUGAUUAAUAUGAAUAUGGGAUUUGGUUCCACGGAUUGGGGAGGAGGAGGAAAAGGAAAAGCUCGUGUUUGGGAAAUGUUUCAACAGCAUUGUCCAGAACAAACCCGCGAAAUGCCUCCCCUUACCCGCUAUCUUAACAUGGUUUGUGGACAACGACUCAAGUGGCCUGAUAAAUCACUUCGAGACGGACUCGUACACCGCCGAGUGAUGCAACCGGACCUUGAAGGAAAGAACUUCGAAACCUGCAGAACACUCCGGGAAAAAACCGAAGACAUGGACGAAGAAACCGCAAACCAUCUCUUCUGCCACGGAUACUGGCCCGAAUCCGCCACAAUUUUCGCCAACGAAAGAUCGUGGGUUUACACCGAUUGGAACCACCGCUGGCAUCGUGGUUCCGGCCUCAAAUUCAUGUGGCACCAUAAAUUCAGAUGUCACCUCCAUCGUAAGGGCAAUCAAAAUUUUCGCCCCGAUCAGAAGUGGCUGGAGAUGAAUUGGUCUAAUGAUCCCUCGAAGGUGGUUGGUGAGGGGGACAAUAUUAAUGGUACGGUGCUGGAGUUGGAUUCUGAAGACUUCAAGGCCAUGGAAGAUAUGCCUACUGAUGCGGAGGAUAUUGAUCCCGAGGCCACGGAGAGGUUGAGACAUAUCAUUGAGGAGUUUAGUAAGGAAAUUAUCAGGACCAAGUCGAUUCAGUCGAGUUGA